AUGGCUCAUGAGGAUGAUUCGGAUUUCAUAGAGCCCGCUUCGGACGAAGCCUCUCUGAAUCUCGAGGAAUUCGUCAUCACAUCAGACUACGACCCGACCGUUGCCGAGUCCGUACUGGGCUCCGCAUGUCCACCCUACUCUCAUAACUGCGCUCUUCUUGGCGGUGGUCCUAACCUCGGAGCCAGACGAUAUCACAUGUACCGCUACGGCAGGUAUCCGAUACCCAAUGACGAUACAGAGGCCGGGAGGGAGGGCUUGCGGCACGCUCUCUUUAAGGAGCUCCUUGACGGCAGGUUGCAUCUGGCGCCCAUCGACGAGUACCCUCAAAAGAUUCUCGAUAUUGGGACUGGGUUCGGCGACUGGGCCAUGGAGAUGGGCGAUAAAUUCCCCAGCGCAACGGUCGUCGGCGUCGAUCUCUCGCCCAUACAACCGGUCUGGAUCCCGCCCAACGUGUCUUUUGUCGUGGACGACGUCGAAGACGCCUGGAUCCACGGCGACAACUAUGACUACAUACACAUGCGAGUGACAGCCUGCGUUCUCAAGGACCCGAUCAGAGUGAUAUUGAACGCAUUCAGGAACCUGAGGCCUGGAGGCUGGAUAGAAAUACAAGAGGUGUAUCCAAAGGUCGGCUGCAUCGACGACACCAUGCCGGCAGACUACGCGCCCAAGGUGUUCUACGAGAAGCUGCACGACGUCUUCCGAGAGAAGUACGGCUUCGACUCGUUCAUCUGCGAGCGGCUGCCCGGCGAGCUGGCAAGGCUAGGAUUCGUCAACGUCCAAAAGAAAGUCUGCCACAUCCCCAUCGGCCUCUGGGCCAAGGAGAAGAAGCGGAUGCACCAGGCCUUCCUCCUGCAAGAGGUUCUCGGCGAGUUCCUGCCCGUCAUGGAGGCCAAGCCCUUCAGGGAGGAGGACCAGGGGGAGACGGACCGCGAGGCAAUCCACCAGCUCUUUGGACAAGUCAGACAAGCCCUGCAAUCCAAAAAGAUCCAUGCAUACCUCCCCUUUCAUUUCAUCUACGCGCAAAAGCCGCUUUGA